AUCCUUUUGUUAAUCCAAGGAGUGCACAACAAGAGUACAACAUUUAAAACAGUCUCGCGUUAAUAGUCAUCGAAGUACAUUCGCGAUUACUGUUUUCGGAUAAUACUUUACAUUCGUCAAAGCAUACUUAUCGUGAACAUCGUGGGCUAUAAGAAAAAAAAUAUAUUAAAUAAAAUUCGUGAACGUCAAUUUCAUUGUUUUAAUAAAAAAAUUGUAAUAAUAUUCAAUAUUUUAAAUCUUCUAAGACAAAUUCCAAAAAUAAUAACUUGAGGCAAUUGAAAUAGUACUUAAUAUAAAGGAGUGAAAAAAAAUGGAUAUAUCAGCAUACCAGCACAUGAACAUACGUAUGAGUACCCGGGGCAAGCGUCCUCUUCGCAAUUUGACGCCAUCCGAUAAAGUAAGAGCUAUACAACGUAUACACAAUGGGGAAACUAAGGCAUCCGUGUCAAGAGAUAUUGGAGUCCCAGAGUCCACUCUUCGAGGUUGGUGUAAAAAUGAGCAGAAGCUGCGGUUUAUGUGUCGCCAGUUGGGGGCAGCAGAUCAAUUAUCACCGAUGGCGGGGGUAGAAAAUCCGCCUGAAAAGCGUCCCCGCUUCGAUAAUCACAUCCAAACUCCAAAAUACCCGACACCCUCCAGUUUUGAUGAAUUUGGUUAUAGUCGAUUGCCGUUAAAUGGCCUCAGUUUUCCAUCAAAUGGCAGCAAUGCCAUUUUAGAAAAAAUAGCAUUGAAUGAAAUUAUGAAAAAACACAUGCCAGCAGAUAUUGUCAUUAAACAGCCAGGUGAUAAUAUUUCCAACCAAUUGCCUGGUAUGGUGGGAGGGGAUUAUAACACGCAGUUAUCCAUGAUGCAGAAUUUGAAUUUAUUAUCUCUGUUAAGUCCCAAUUUGGCAGCUAUUCCAAAUCUUAAUCCAAGUGGAAAUGGUACUCCAGAUGCUGCCAAAAACAAAAUUCCUCCGCGUUUAACAGAUGAUGGUAAGGACAAUACCAAAGGCAACUGCAAUAGCAGUAAUAACAACUACCAAAACACUUAUGUAAAUAAUACAGCAUCAUUAUCUGUAAAGAAUUGGGCUAAGGAUCCUGCAGACAAAAAUUUGAUGAAUAUCUCAAACACUACCGUUACUAAUAACACCAUCGGAAUUAAUCGCAAUAUUCAUGAUUCAAACAAUAAUAAUGUAAAAGACAAAAACAGUUCCUUCCCCAUAGAAGCUCCUGCGGAUGUUUCGAGUUUCCCACCACCACCUCUGCCGUUAGGUCUGUUACAAAUACCUAAUAUCAACAACACAUCGGACUCCGAAGCUGGCAAUAAUAGUGCCUUACUAGAAUGGUGCAAAGUUUUUAAUGCCAGCCUUAACUUUCUGGCUUUAGCUGCUGCCGCCGCUGCCCUCCAGCCUAAUGGUACCCUAAAUCCUAACGCUAUUAAGAAAGAAGACAAUAUUCUAUACAAGGAACUCACCAAGACUGCAAGCAAUUUCGACACAGCAAACAAUCCAUCAACAUUCAUUGGCAGCGAUGUCUCCAAUGACAGCUACUUUGAUAGUGAACCAGAAGAUUUAUCAGUACGAUCAACUGCCACAUCCAAACUGUCCAGUCCAGCUAAUAGUCGUUCCCAGAGUCCUGUAAAAAGCAACGGUUCGUGUUCGCCUUUGCAUAGUGAUGGAGAACACUAAGAUGUCCAUGUGAAUAAGUGUUUUUUAUGUGUGUGUGCAGUAUUAGUUUUUACUUUCCCAGUUAAAUUGAUCCUUAUAAACGAUCCAUUUUAUUAUUUAUAAAAUUUGAUAUAAUAUAAUUAUUUUUAUUACAACAACUACUCUUACUAAAUACAAAUAUAUGCAAUAACUCUUAAAUCUAUAUAAUAAUAACAAAAUUAAAUUUAUAUUUUUUUUUAAAUUAGAUACUAUCAUAUCAAAAACAAUAUCAAGCAACCCUUUAACCUAUUAAUACAUACAUACAUCUGUAUAUACAAAUAUAAAACUUUCAAAUAAACAUAGAAACAUCUACUACUCGUAUGUGUACAUAUGUAUCUACAUACAUAUACGCAAAUGUAUUUGGAUAGAUUUAAAUGUAUUUAUACACAUACCCAUAUCCACAACACAUCCAUGCACACAACCAUAAAAACCUUACAAAGAUGCAUAAAUACAUAAUUUUAAUAAUAAAUAUAAAUAUGUGACUAUGUCAUUAACUAGUAACUAGUAGAAAUUUAGAUAUCAUUUGUCGUUCUAGUGUAAAUUUAAUUUAGAUUGUAACUAACUAAUUACCUAAACUUACAUACUAAAUUAACUAAAAUGUUGUAUAUCAAUUUUAUUUCACUUCCAAUUACAUUUCGAAAAUUCUGUUUUGUUUUUAUUGCAUUUUUAUAUAUUUCAGAUUCGUGCUUAAAUUUAUUUGAAAUAUUUGUAUGUACUUUUUUACAAAACAUAUCAUUUUCAUACAUUUUUGAAUUGAAUUCUUAUGUAUAUGUAUUUGAUUUUGGAGAUCUAACUAUAAAUGAAAAAUUGGUUGUUUUUUAAUUAAUAAAAUAAAAAUCUUUAAUU